AUGGAGAGCGACAUUGGUUUCCAGGCUGCUCUUGAAGAAGCUAGAAAGGGCGCCUCUGAGGGUGGUGUGCCCAUUGGUGCUUGUCUUGUAUCAGGCCGUGGACACAACUUGAGAAUGCANAAGGGUUCUCCUACCAUUCACGCAGAGAUUGGUGCUCUUGAGAAUGCUGGUAGGCUCCCAGCUUCUGCCUACCAAGGCGCUACUAUGUACACCACCCUGUCUNNCCCCUGCGACAUGUGCACCGGAGCUUGUAUCCUGUACAAGGUCAAGCGUGUUGUGCUCGGCGAAAACAAGACUUUUGUUGGUGGCGAAGAUUACCUCAAGCAGAGAGGCAUUGAGGUUGUCAACGUCAAUUCCGCCGAAUGUGAAGAUUUGAUGAAGAAGUUUAUCAAGGAGCACCCCGAGGAGUGGAACGAGGACAUUGGUGAGCAGUAG